AUGUCAAAUCUUUCAAAAAGAAAGCUAUAUAUUACUUCAGGUGACUACGAAGACUUUGUUUCAGAGAAAAAAAUUAAAAAGAAUAUUGACUACAACAAAAUAUAUAUUGAAUUAAAUGAGGCGGAGGAUGAGUUGUUCAAACUUCUCAUUGACUAUACGAAAUUUAACAAUUUAAAGACAACGGUCAGAGUUGCAGGGGGAUGGGUCAGAGACAAGAUCUUAAGAUUUAUUAACCUAAAUAAUAUAAAAAACAAUACUAAUAAGGAUGAUUACGAUGAUCAGCAAAUUGCAAUAUUUAAGAAGGAUGUAGAUAUAGCAUUGGACGAUAUCUCUGGUAAGGAGUUUGCUUUGGGGUUCAAUAUGUGGUUACAAACUUACCAUAACUACCCUAAACAUAGUGUGGGGAUAAUUAAUAGAGAUCCAGAAAAAAGCAAGCACCUAGAAACUGCAACACUGUCUUGGAAUGAUAUUAGUAUUGAUUUUGUUGGCUUGAGAUCGGAGAUAUACACUUUGGAAAGCAGAAUCCCAAUAGUUAGUCUCGGAACUGCUGAGGAGGACGCUUUUCGGAGAGAUUUUACAAUAAACAGCAUUUUCUAUAAUUUGAAUGAACGAAAGAUCGAGGACUUGACAUGCAAAGGAAUCGAAGAUUUAUAUAAUAAAGUAAUCAGAACCCCAUUAGACCCAAUGAAGACUUUCCUAGAUGAUCCUCUUAGAGCAUUAAGGGCUUUCAGAUUCACUUCUAGGCUACACUUUAAGUUAGAAAAGGAAUUGUUAAAUGCAUGCAGGGAUAAAUCUCUUCACGAUGCAUUGCAAACCAAGAUAAGUAGAGAAAGAGUAGGAUCAGAGGUUCACGAAAUGAUUUCAAACAAACAUACCGGGAACCCUGCAAUCGGCCUUCGGUUAAUAGUUAACACUAAUUUGGUUGAUUCCGUGUUCAAAAUUCCUGAAAAUGAGUUAAUAUAUAGCUUCAUAAAUGAUUCGAAGUAUAAUAGUUUUUCAGAUUUUGGAGAUUGGAGUUUCCAAGGCCCGUACUUGGUCGAAUUAACUCACAGAAUAAUUGAGGCAUUGAACUCGGAUAAUUUAAGUAAUUGCUUUAAUAAUAUGUUUGAUUCUAAGAAAUUAGAGGUCAUUAGAAAGCUAUUAAAUAUUGAGCAUGAAUCGAAUUGGGGAGUCUCUACAUAUUUCUCUUUCCUGCUUCCUCUUUUCCACCAUUAUUAUAGGGAUGAAAAGAGUAAAGAAGUACCAUUGGCCAAAUACAUACUAUCAAGCUCAUUGAAACUCUCAAACAAAAUUACUAACUCAGUAAUGAAACUAUUUGAUUCUUUAUUAAGAAUUGUUCACAGAGUCGUUAGAAUAGAUUCUUUAAAUGAAUUGGCCAACUUUACCUUAGUAGAAAACCAGAAUAGAAACAAACUUAAAGUUGACAUUUAUUCUAAAGAAUUCUUAAACUCUAUUGGAGAUUCACUUUUACCAGAAAUUUGGAGCUUUUACUCCAAAUACUUUAAGAGCUACUUAGAGGCACAGAGCAUAACUAAUAAACAUACAAAUAACAAACAUGCCCAAGAUCAAAAAAGAUACGAGUUCUUGCAAAGAAGGGUUGAACUUGGAAUUUUCGUGUCUUACACUGGGAACCUCUGGCUCGAAAUGUUAAUUGUUUUGUUUUCCCUGGAUAUAAUUCACAUUAGAAGACUAAAGACUCAUAAUUUAGGAUGUUGGUCAGACGCGGAGCUCCUGGAUUUACUUAACUCUCACCCCUAUAUGGAUCUGAUCAGACAAAUUCUUGAAAUCAAAAUGGCAAAUUUUUACAAUUUUAAAAACCCGAUAGACGGACAUUUGAUUUAUAAACAUUUUCCGCAACUCCAAAAAGGACCAAAAUAUAAAUUCAUUAUAAAUCUUAGCUUUUUGUGGUUUAUGGCCUUUUCACAAGAUCCAGAAAACCACACUCCCACAGAAGUUUCAGAAUGCAUGGAAUUUAUCCAUGAAAAUUUCAAAGAAACAUUAGAGUUGAAUUCUCUUUAA